AUGAAACAACAGACUUUAAUGGGAUUAUCUCCUAUCUCUAACGGCGGGAAUAUUCCCGGUCGCUACUCACCUGCGUACCGACCACCGGAACGCAUGAGAUGUAUGACAAGCAGUUCGGGCAAUUUUUUCGGAGGUUUCGAUGAUGGAAUUUUGGCCCGAGCAGAAGCACUGGCCGCUGUGGACAUCUCCAAACCCACCAGCAUGAAACCAGAAGGAUUAUACGGCCACACUCCGGAAUUUACAGGUCAUAACAUGCACAUGUCAAGGUCAAAUAUGGGAAUGCACGGCCAUCCGAGUUCCUAUGGACCAUCAGAUAGUAUGCUGGAUCAACUAACCGGAAGUCCUACCAGUAUGUCGCUCGGACCAGUCACCAGCAUGUCGGAUCACCACAAUCAGAUUUCUCACCAUCAUCAGAUGUAUAACAACAUGUACAAUCACCCUAAUAGCAUCAAUAAUCACCCGGGAUUCCCACCGCACCCUGCUGCUAUGCACCAUCCUGUUCACGAUACCGAUUGCGAUCCUCGAGAACUCGAAGCGUUUGCCGAACGAUUUAAACAACGAAGAAUAAAACUCGGCGUGACGCAAGCCGAUGUCGGAAACGCAUUAGCUAAUUUGAAAAUUCCGGGAGUCGGAUCGUUGAGUCAAAGUACAAUUUGUCGCUUCGAGUCAUUGACUCUGAGUCACAACAAUAUGAUCGCACUCAAACCCAUUCUACAGACGUGGCUUGAGGACGCAGAAAAGGAGGCAAGGGAUCGGAAAAUGGAGGGUGAAGCGAGUAUGAUGGGUGGACCUUUGGACAAAAAACGUAAACGUACGUCAAUCGCAGCCCCUGAAAAACGGUCAUUGGAAGCGUAUUUUGCGGUGCAGCCACGACCUUCAGGAGAAAAAAUUGCUCAAAUUGCAGAAAAGUUGGAACUUAAGAAAAACGUUGUGCGGGUUUGGUUCUGUAAUCAAAGACAGAAACAAAAGCGAAUGAAAUUUUCGGCGACCACGGCAGGAAUGGUACAUCAUUAA